AUGUCAUUUCAAGAUCUUAUUCCAGUGGUUAAUAAACUACAAGAUAUUGUAACAACCACUCAAUUAGCAGAUAUUGAUUUACCAAUUUUAGCAGUUGUUGGUUCACAAUCUUGUGGGAAAUCAUCAGUAUUAGAAAAUAUUGUUGGUAAAGAUUUUUUACCAAGAGGUGUUGGAAUAGUUACAAGAAGACCUUUAGUUUUACAACUUAUAAAUGUUAAAGAAGAUGAUCCUAUUGUUUAUAAACAAACUUCAGAAUUUUCUACAAGUGAAGAAGAUUCAGAUGAAAUUAAUUUAGAAGAUCAUUUAAGAAAAAUGAAUGGUGGGAAAUCUAACUCUUCAUCUUCUUUUAAAUCAAAUCCAAAAUCUGAAUGGGGAGAAUUUUUACAUAUACCAAAUAAAAGAUUUUAUAAUUUUCAUGAUAUUAGAAAAGAAAUUGAACAUGAAACUUUAAGAAUAGCUGGUGAAAAUAAAGGAAUAAGUAGAUUACCUAUCAAUCUUAAAAUAUAUUCACCAAAUGUAUUAAAUUUAACAUUAGUGGAUUUACCAGGACUUACUAAAAUACCAAUUGGAGAUCAACCAACAGAUAUUGAAAGACAAACAAGAAAUUUAAUUUCAGAAUAUAUUUCAAAACCAAAUUGUAUUAUAUUAGCUGUUUCUCCAGCAAAUGUUGAUUUAGUAAAUUCAGAAUCUUUAAAACUUGCAAGACAAGUUGAUCCUACUGGAAAAAGAACAGUUGGUAUAUUAACAAAAUUAGAUUUAAUGGAUCAAGGUACAAACGCUUUGGAUAUUUUAAAAGGUAAUGUAUAUCCAUUAAAAUUAGGAUUUAUUGGAAUAGUUAAUAGAUCACAACAAGAUAUAUCAGAAAAUAAAUCAUUAGAUGAAUCUUUAUAUUCAGAACAAAAAUUUUUUGCAAAUCAUCCUGCUUAUAGAUCAAUGGCUUCAAAAUGUGGUACUAAAUAUUUAGCACAAACAUUAAACAAGAUUUUAAUGAAUCAUAUAAGGGAAAGAUUACCCGAUAUAAAAGCAAAAUUAAAUACUCUUAUAGGUCAAACUGAACAUGAAUUAGCAUCAUAUGGGGAUAUACCAAACAUUGAAGAUUCAAAAGAGAAAAGAGGUAUAAUAUUAUUAUCAAUAAUUUCAAAAUGGUCUACUACUUUUGUUCAUUCAAUUGAUGGUGAUUCAUUUCAAGAUAUUUCUUCAAAAGAAUUAUGUGGGGGUGCAAAAAUAUAUAACAUUUUUAAUACAAUUUAUGGUUCAAGUUUAUCUUCAAUUAAUCCAGUUCAUAAUUUAUCAAUAUUAGACAUUAGAACAGCAAUUAGAAAUUCUACAGGACCUAGACCUUCAUUAUUUGUCCCUGAAUUAGCUUUUGAUUUAUUAGUAAAACCACAAAUUAAUUUAUUAGAAUCUCCAUCUCAAAGAUGUGUUGAAUUAGUUUAUGAAGAAUUAAUGAAAAUUGUACAUAGUGUUAGUUCUACAGGAAUUGGACCUGAAUUAAAUAGGUAUCCAAGAUUACAAGCAAGAUUAAUAGAAGUUGUAAGUGAUUUAUUAAGAGAAAGAUUAGGACCUACUAAAAAUUAUGUUGAAUCUUUAAUUGAAAUUCAUAGAGCUUAUAUAAAUACAAAUCAUCCAAAUUUUGUUGGUGCUGCACAAGCAAUGACAAUGGUUGUAGCAGAGAGACAAAAGGAAAAAGAAAAUGAACUGAAUAGUAAAUUAAGACUAGCUACUCAAAGACUUUUAGGUAAAAAGAUUAAAGAAGAAAAUGAAGAUGGAGAAGAAGAAGAGGAGGAAGAAGAUACAGAUGAAGGAUUUGAAAGAUUACAAGAAGACAUUAAAUCAAUAGAUGAAGAAUUUCCAAAAAAUCAUAAACAUAAUAGACAUAGUAGAAAACAAAGAGCAGAAUCAUCAACACAUCAUUAUCCACAAAAUGAAUCAUCAUAUUUAAAUUAUUUCCUUGGUAAAGAUCCAAUAGUUCAUCAACAACAAUUACAAACUCAAGCACAAUUAAAUCCUACACCUUUUAAAUUCCCACAACCUCAUGAAACAACAUUACAAUUCAAUACUCAAUUUGUCAACAAUGGUGUUAUACAAAACCCUACUACAAAUUCAUCAUUACCAAAUGGUCAUCAUCAUCAUAAUAAUAACCCAUCUCAAGAUUUUCAAAAACUUUCCAUAUCCGAAACUGAUUCAUCAUUUGAAGGAGAUAAUACUAUAUUAGAAUUAAGUGAAAGAGAACAAAUGGAAUGUGAAUUAAUAAGAAGAUUAAUUAUAUCAUAUUUUAGUAUAAUUAGAGAAAUGAUUCAAGAUCAAGUCCCCAAAUCAAUAAUGUGUUUAUUAGUUAACCACAUAAAACAACAUAUACAAAAUAGAUUAGUUGUAAAAUUAUACAAUGAUCAAUUAUUUGAUGAUUUAUUAAAAGAAGAUGAAAAUAUUCAAGCUGAACGUGAAAAAUGUUUAGAAUUAUUAAAAACUUAUAAAGAAGCUAGUAAAAUUAUUAGUGAUGUUAUAUAG